AUGGUUGUGAACUUAGUGGGGACCUUCAACGUCAUCCGCCUCAGUGCCCGCCUGAUGAGCCAGAACAAACCCGACCCCGACGGCCACCGAGGUCUGGUGGUCAACACCGCCAGCGUGGCUGCCUUCGAGGGGCAGGUGGGUCAAGCAGCUUAUUCGGCUUCCAAGGGCGGCAUCGUGGGUAUGACCCUCCCCAUCGCCCGUGACCUGGCGCCGCUGGGGAUCCGGGUGGUCACCAUUGCUCCAGGUUUGUUCUCCACUCCGUUAUUGGCUGGUUUGCCCGAACGAGUUCGUAAUUUUUUGGGGCAACAAGUGCCUUUUCCUUCGCGGUUGGGACACCCCCUCGAAUACGCCCACCUCGUCCAGGCCUUGGCUGAAAACCCCAUGGUCAACGGGGAGGUGGUGAGGUUGGACGGGGCCCUCCGCAUGCAGCCUUAA